AUGAGUGAAGAGCCGCCGGUCACCCCCAGCUGGCUGACCCCUGACCCCACGGCAUGGGCCAGCGGAGGCGGGGGGCCGAUGGACAACAGCACCAGCUUGGGGACGUUCCCUCCAGACUCCCUUCCGCCCAGCCAGCUGCCCCUGCUGAUCAACCCCUGGGACAUUGUGCUGUGUUCAUCGGGGACUCUGAUAGCCUGUGAGAACGCCCUGGUGGUGCUGGUGAUCUGGCAGAACCCGGCACUCAGAGCUCCCAUGUUCCUGCUUAUUGGCAGCCUGGCGCUGGCCGACCUACUGGCCGGCCUGGGCCUGGUGCUUCACUUCACCUGUGCCUAUUUGCUUCAGUCCGACUCGGCCCAGUUGCUGACCGUGGGCCUGGUGGUGGCCUCCUUCUCCGCCUCCGUCUUCAGCCUGCUGGCCAUCACUAUUGACCGCUACCUGUCGCUGUACUACGCCCUCACCUAUAACUCCGAGCGGACAGCGGCCUUCACCUACACCAUGCUGGUGCUGCUGUGGGGCCUCUCCCUGUGUCUGGGCCUGCUGCCCAUCACAGGGGUCAACUGCCUGGCAGAGGAGGCUACAUGCAGCGUGGUUCGGCCACUCACAAAGAACAACAUUGCCGUGCUGUCCGUCUCCUUCCUUCUGCUCUUCGGCCUCAUGCUGCAACUCUAUGUCCAGAUCUGCAAGAUUGUGAUGCGCCACGCUCACCAAAUCGCCCUCCAGCACCACUUCCUGGCUGCCUCACCCCACUACGUCACAACACGGAAGGGCGUGUCCACGCUGGCCAUCAUCCUGGGUACCUUUGCUGCCUGCUGGAUGCCAUUUACUGUCUACUCUCUCAUUGCUGACUACACCUACCCUCCACUCUACACCUACGCCACGCUGGUGCCUGCCACCUACAACUCUGUCAUCAACCCGGUCAUCUACGCCUUCAGGAACCAGGAGAUCCAGAAGGCGCUGUGGCUGGUGUGCUGCGGCUGUGUGCCUGCCAGCAUGGCCCAGCGUGCACGUACCCCUAGUGACGUCUGA